AUGUUGAGUCAAAUUCAUGGAUUUGAUGAUAAAAAUGGAAAUUCAUUAACUAACAAAUUUAAAGCAUUAACUGAAAAAUUCAAAUUGUUAAAAAGAAAAGUUAAGAGAUCAAAAAGAUCUACUAAAGAUAAACUUCAAUUGAAACCUAUAUUGAAAAAUCCAAAAAACCCCAAUUUUAAUGAAGAAAUUGACAAUUGUAUAACAGAAGCCCAUCGUCCUUUUUAUGAAUUUAUUGGAAAAUUAUCUAGACAUCAAAUAGAAAAGGGAGAUGAAAAUAAGGAAGAGGCUAAAGAAACUUAUAGAUCUGAACAAAUCAAAAAUUAUCAUCUGAUACAGUGA